AUGGCGCAUACAACGGGAAUAACCAGCUCCGCUUCAUCAGCAGUUGUGCAAUCCCAAAGUGGUAAAAACGAAAUGGCAGUACGAAGUUCAGAAAAUGGAGUGGGUGCAAAGAAGAGUACACCAGGAUCGUUCUUCACCAAGAGAACCGCUAUGCUCUUCUUUGUUGCUGCUUAUAUUUUUCUAAAGCACCAGGAUGACUUCGCAAGACAAAACGCUGCUGCGACAUUACAAGUGAGGAACAGAAUUGCCCGAAAUUUAAAGGCGAACACAGAAGCUGCUCCAUCGGACGAGGAACUCGAAUAUUAUGAGGAUGGUGAUGAGAGCCAUGGAGAUAGUGAGGAAAGUUAUGAGGACCCUGAAGAAGGCUAUGAGGACCCUGAAGAAGGCUACGAAAAUCCAGUAUUAGCCUAUGAGGACCCUGAAGAAGGCUACGAGAACCCCGAAUUAGUCUAUGAAGACCCAGAAGAAGCCUAUGAAAGCCACCCACAAGAAAUCUAUAAACACCACCCCGAAGAAAUGUAUGAAGAAUACGAAGAAGAAGGAUAUUCGGACGAUGAAAGAGAGGAGGAAGAAUAUGAAGGAAGACCAGCCGAGAAAGAAGUUUAUGAAGGAGAAACGGACGAAGAAAUGGACGGAGAAAGAUAUUUAGGAGAAGAGGAGGAAGAGGAUGAAGUAGAGCAUGAUGGAGGAGAAGAAGAAGACGAAGAUCGUGACGAUGACGGAGAUUAUCAAAAACCAGUACAACAGAAUAUGCCAAUAAGAAUACCAAAGGACGCAUUAGUCGAUGAAAGUAUGCCUAUUCUGGACGUACAAUGCAAGAGCCUUUCAAAGGUCUCUGAAAAAGAAGAUACUGCAGCAUAUCCAUUGAAACGCGAAGAUUUAAUAAGAGAAAUUUCGAAAUUCUCUGAUUGGAACACAUUCAUGGAAAGCGUAAAAUACGAAUGGGAUCAAUUAAAAGUGGACUUACAACAAUCGAGAAAAGAGUGGAUGCAUAAAAAAGAUAAUGAGUGGUCUGAGUGGAUGCGCUUAAUUGAAAACAAAUGGUCAGUAUAUGGUAAAGUUGCACCAGAUGAAGAACUGGAUGGAUCUGUGGUAGAACCUGAUUUGGGUGACGGUAUAUGGAGUGAUUAUUUUAAAAUAGUAGUAAAGGGCCAAAUAGAUUCAAACUUUGAAAAAUGGUUGAACGACACUCAGUCGAAUUUAUUUAAUAUUCUUCUUAAAGGAGUGGGCGAAUUUAAAGACAGGAAAACUAAAGGAUGGCUAGUGUGUCAAUGGAAUGAUAAGGAAGGGGGUUUCGAUUAUAAUAAGUAUGGACGUAUGUCAACACAGAAAUUUUUAAAUUUGGCGCAGUCUCGAGAAUGGUACCAUGAGAAUCCUAAUAUAGAAGAACAAAGAAAAGAACUCAUGUUAUGGUUUUUCCAUAAAGAAAACGAAUAUUUAGGAUAUGAAUGGCAAAACUGGGCAGAUUGGAAGAAUGAGAAACUUCAUUCAGUUAAAUUGUUGUGUUCAAAAUUGUCGUGGGGACGCCUAGACGAGGAAGAAUGGGAUAAAUUUCUCAGUGAAAUAAAAUUGUGA